AAACAUGUUCUCUGUUCUGACUCCUCCUCCUCUCAUCCACUUCAUGUUGGCUUCAUUUCUACUUCCUCUUCAAACGGCAGCAGCUGUGAGUCUCUGCGUCUCUCCAUGAAGAGAGAAGACAAAGGUGGAUUUAAAGUGAAACCUAAAAGUUGUAUCUGGACAAAGAUCACCUGAUUCCAGCAAGCAUGGAUGGAAGACCCACCUGUGACCAGUGUGGAAAGACUUUCACCAGCGCAAGUCACCUAAAAAUUCACCAACGCAUCCACACUGGAGAAAGACCAUAUGAGUGUGACCAGUGUGGAAAGACUUUCACCACAGCAGGUUCCCUAAAAAUCCACCAACGCAUCCACAAUGGAGAAAGACCAUAUGAGUGUGACCAGUGUGGAAAGACUUUCACCAUAGCAAGUUCCCUAAAAAUCCACCAACUUAUCCACACUGGAGAAAGACCAUAUGAGUGUGACCAAUGCGGAAAGAAUUUCACCCAAAUGAGUGGGCUUACAUGUCACAAACACAUUCACACUGGAGAAAGACCAUAUGAGUGUGACCAGUGUGGAAAGACUUUCACCACAGCAAGUUCCCUAAAAAUCCACCAACGUAUCCACACUGGAGAAAGACCAUAUGAGUGUGACCAAUGCGGAAAGAAUUUCACCCAAAUGAGUGGGCUUAAAUGUCACAAACGCAUCCACACUGGAGAAAGACCAUAUAAGUGUGACCAAUGCGGAAAGAAUUUCACCCAAAUGAGUGGGCUUAAAUAUCACCAAGGCAUCCACACUGGAGAACGACCAUAUGAGUGUAACCAGUGUGGAAAUGCUUUCACCACAGUAAGUUACCUAAAAAUCCACCAACGCAUCCACAGUGGACAAAAACUGUAUUACUGUGACCAUUGUGGAAAUGCUUUCAGCACAGCAAAUUACCUAAAAAUCCACCAACGCAUCCACAGUGGACAAAAUCUGUAUUACUGUGACCAGUGUGGAAAGGCUUUCACCAGAGCAAGUUACCUAAAAAUCCACCAACGCAUCCACACUGGAGAAAGACCAUAUGAGUGUGACCAGUGUGGAAAGAAUUUCACCCAAAGGCAUGAGGUUAAAGCUCACCAACGUAUUCACACUGGAGAAAGAACAUAAAAUUGUGACCAGCGUGGGAAGUUUUUCACUAAAGCUAAUCACCUAAAAAUCUCCCAACGGGCCCACACUGGAGAGAGACCCUACCAGUGCAGAUUCUGUGACAGAUCUUUUCUCACAGGUUCAAAAUGUACUAAACAUGAACGUGUCGAACAUUUCCACAAAGGACAAAAACUGAACAGUCGUACAAAAAGUAAGACAUUGGACUCUAGUGGAAAGAGUCAGUGUCAUAACACACCUAAACAGUUUGAAUGUUUCCAAUGUGAUGAAAGAUUCUCAUCAUCCUCUGCCCUCUGCUAUCAUCAGCGCAGAUGUGAAUCAUCGUCUGGACCAAAAUGUCCCUCAGCAUCAGAUGACAGGAAGAAACACAGUGUGUGUGAACCAGCAGCACCCACUUCUGACAAGAACAUCAGACUUAAAAACCUCCAGAUCAGACUUCACAGAAUCCAGAUGUGAAGACAAACAUCAGACUGAAGGCUGUGUUUUGUUGUCUUCAGAGUACAGAAGUGUGUUCUAAUGCACCACCUUCACAAAACAGUGACGUUACUGAACCUCAACCUGCCACGAGGUGAAAAGUUCAACUAGUGGAGGUCAACAAGGACCUGGUUUCUAUGGCGAUACUACUUCUCACUGACUCUGUGGACUUUAAUCAGUAACUUGUUGUGAUUCUGUUACUGGUUGGGGUUCAUGCAGUUGGAUUUCCAUCAGUUAGAAACAACAUGAUGAACAUAAUAUAACUGAGACAGAAUGACUGAUGAGCUGGUUGUGGUUUAGUCCCAAACUGAGGCCGACAACAUGAAGGAGAUCACAUUCCACUGGAGGAGGAAGUCUGUUUAGCACAAAGUUCACCACCGAAGGAGAUGGUGCAACCAGUCAGUGCUCCAUCUAGUGGUCCAAUCUGGUACUGGUCUGGUCCAGUAUUCUCCUUAAUAUCAAACUGGUUUCACCUGUUUUACACUGGUCCAACCCUGACCUGUAGAAUGUGUUUGAUUUGAUUGAAAAUGCUGAACUACUGAUGACUGUGGUAAAGAGGAACCCACUGGAUGAAUCAGAAACAUUACAAAUAUUUUGUUGUACUAUGUUGUAUUUUGUCAAUUUGUUUUAUUAUAAUUAUGAAGUGGAUUUGUAACAUAAGAGAAUAUUAGCAUGGUGUAUUUUCUUUGUGACUGUGGUGAUAAAUGUGACUCCGAUAAAGCUGAUGGAAUCAGUCCAACGUGGACAAACCGACUCAAACAGGAAACUAACAUGUGACUGUGGUCUGUCAGAGACUCAGUGGAGUCUAAUGCUGCUGAAAAACCACACAGAAAGGCCUGACAUGGUCAAAGCCUGACACCACAGAAGAAGAAGGAGUCAGUAGUGAAUGUGUGCAGGGCUCAUUCCACUCCUCUAGUGGCUCAGAUGGAUGAGGACCUGCUCCAGAGGUCAGAGGUUCCCAUCCACUGUUUCAUUUGAAGGGCUUUUUCUUCUGCCACUGUUUUCAUGUUCAGACCUGAUGCAGCCUGUGUGUAGAACUGAUUCACACUAAAACAGGAGUGAACAGGUGGAACCGCCUCAUCAGUCUCCUUGGAGCUCAGUGGGUUCAGGAUCAGGUCUGGAACUCAGAGGUCAUGGGAUCUGAUCUGGUCUUGGCUGUAAUGAGCUGGUUGUUGGACAGAAGUGGUUCAGUGACUUUAUCCUUCCCCAUCAUCAUGUGAGUAAAGGAAGGUGUUUCCUCUCAUCAUGUUGGGACCUCCUUUAGACAGGACUCAUGUAAAACUGGUCCAGAAGAUUCUAGAUCAGCCGUCCAAAUCCAGCUGCUGUUUCAGAGACUUCCAGACCUGGACACGGUCCAGUUCCAGGUCUUCAAAUCAUGCAAAGAACUCAACUGUUUCCUGUCACUUGACUUAAUUGAAUGAACCUACUCCCAUCUCUGAAUGUUCGUUAUUUACUCGUCUAUGGAAUUCUCCCAUAUUUAAUUAUUGGGUUUGGUUUUCCAUGGAACCACCUACAGUCCACAGUAUUUACCAUAAUCACCCUUUAACACCAUCCACACAUUAUUUGUUCAAUUACUUCUUAAUGUGACCUUUUCCAGUUUUCAGUCCAGGUGAUGUUAUAUUUGUGAUGGAAAAAUGUGUCAAUAAAGAGCACAAAAGACAAGGCUGGUCUCACAUGUGAGUUUAUUCACCCUUUGGAAGGAGGAGCCUCUGGAACGAAAGCACAAGGCUAAGGUGGAGGAGUAAAAGGGUGAGGAGGAGCAAAGGCAGUGAGUCUUCUAUACACAAGAUAAUGGCAUGGCACACAAUGACAGGAUUCUGACAGAA